UUUACGCAGAGCAGCAACAUCGCAUGAGCCUCAAGUGCGUUUUUAAUAUCCGAAGUUGUGUCAAGCGGGCGAUGAUUCGCAUCUGAUUGUUGUUCAACUGUUCGGGGAGGACUGCAGACGGGCUGAAACACUGCAUUGUGGCAAAUAAGAGACGCUGAUUCCUGCCUGCAAGGACUGCACGAUCCAUUCUCCCCCUCAAAAUGUCAUCUCAGGCGAAAGUCAAGAAGGACAAAGAGAUUAUUGCCGAAUAUGAGACCCAAGUGAAAGAGAUCCGAAACCAGCUGGUGGAGCAGUUCCGUUGUUUGGAGCAGCAGUCUGAAUCCCGACUACAGCUGCUGCAGGACCUGCAGGAGUUCUUCCGUCGAAAGGCCGAGUUACAGCUUGAGUACUCAAGGAGUCUGGACAAACUGGCAGAGCGCUACUCCGCCAAGAUCCGCACCUCCAGAGAGCACCAGCACUUCAAAAAGGACCAAAAUCUCCUGUCCACUGUGAACUGCUGGUAUUUGGUCUUGGACCAGACCAGGCGGGAGAGCAGAGACCACGCCACUCUCAGUGACAUCUACAACAACAACGUCAUUGUGCGUCUUGCGCAUGUGGGCGAGGAUGUCAUCAGACUUUUCAAAAAGAGCAAAGAAAUUGGGGUGCAGAUGCACGAGGAGUUAGUGAAGGUCACCAAUGAGCUCUACACAGUGAUGAAGACGUACCACAUGUACCAUACUGAGAGUAUCAGUGCUGAGAGCAAGCUGAAGGAGGCAGAGAAACAGGAGGAAAAGCACAUUGGCAAGGCCAAUGACAUUAGUACCAGCCUGCUGCGUUACGGUCAUGAUGAACGUCCGCAGAGACGGAGCUCUGUCAAGAAGAUGGAGAAAAUGAAGGAGAAGAGACAAGCCAAGUACUCUGAAAACAAGCUCAAAUGCACAAAGGCCCGGAACGACUACCUUCUCAAUUUGACAGCCACCAAUGCCCUGGUGGCCAAAUACUACAUCCAUGAUGUCUCAGAUAUGAUAGAUUGUUGUGACUUAGGAUACCAUGCUAGCCUGGCACGCACCAUGAGAACUUACCUGUCUGCAGAGUAUAGUCUGGAGACUUCUCGCCAUGAGGGUUUGGACUUGCUGGAGGGAGCAGUAGACGCCAUGGACAUUAGAGGAGACAAGCUGAAGUUUAUGGACAUGCACUGCCAGAUAUUCUGCCCUCCAGCACGCUUUGACUAUCAGCCACACAUGGGUGAUGAGGUGUGUCAGGUGAGUGCACAGCAGCCUGUCCAGACAGAGCUCUUGAUGCGCUACCACCAGCUACAGUCUCGCCUGGCCACGCUGGGGAUAGAAAACGAAGAGGUGAGGAAGACUUUAGAUGCCACCAUGCAGACCCUUCAGGACAUGCUUACAGUGGAGGACUUUGAUGUUUCAGAGGCCUUCCAGCACAGCCAAUCCACAGAGUCAGUCAAAUCAGCUUCCUCUGACUCAUACAUGAGCAAGGCAAACAUUGCUAAGAGACGAGCCAAUCAGCAAGAGACUGAGGGCUUCUACUUCACUAAAUACAAGGAGUAUCUGAAUGGCAGCAAUCUUAUUGUCAAACUUCAGGCCAAGCAUGACCUUCUGAAGCAGACACUAGGAGAAGGGGAGAGGGCUGAAUAUGGAACAACAAGGCCCCCCACUCUUCCCCCUAAACCUCUGAGAAUGCGGAAGUCUAGACCUCGCUCCAUUUUUAACCGUAAGCUGUUUAACGGCAAUAUGGAGGCCUUCAUCCAGGACUCAGGUCAGCCUAUACCAGUGGUGGUUGAGAGUUGCGUUCGAUACAUCAAUCUGUAUGGUCUUCAGCAACAAGGUAUAUUUCGAGUUCCAGGAUCCCAGGUCGAAGUCAACGAUAUUAAAAAUGCAUUUGAAAGAGGAGAGGAUCCACUGGUGGAUGAUCAGUCUGAUCAUGACAUCAACUCUGUGGCAGGCGUUCUUAAGCUCUACUUCAGGGGGCUGGAAAACCCUCUGUUCCCUAAAGAGCGUUUCCUCGACCUCAUAUCCACUACCAAGCUCGACUCAGGCACUGAAAGAGCUCAUCACCUCCAGCAGAUAACUGUGACUCUUCAGCGGCCCGUGAUCAUCGUCAUGAGAUACCUGUUUGCCUUUCUGAAUCACCUUUCCCAGUACAGUGAUGAGAACAUGAUGGACCCCUACAACCUGGCUAUCUGCUUUGGCCCCACAUUAAUGCCCAUACCAGAUGAGCAGGAUCCUGUGUCCUGCCAGGCGCAUGUUAAUGAGGUCAUUAAGACUAUUAUCAUCCACCAUGAGGUCAUCUUCCCAACCCAGCGUGAGUUGGAGGGACCUGUGUAUGAGAAGUGCAUGGCUGGAGGAGAGGAUUACUGUGAAAGUCCCCACAGUGAGCCUGGUGUGCUUGAUGAGAUAGACAAUGGUACCGGACCCAACACUAGUGAUGAAGAGUUGGAGCAGAUAGAGGCCAUAGCAAAGUUUGACUAUGUUGGCCGAACUCCGAGAGAGCUUUCCUUUAAGAAAGGGGCCUCUCUGUUACUUUACCUGCGGGCCUCUGAGGACUGGUGGGAAGGCCGACAUAAUGGUGUGGAUGGGCUGAUCCCACAUCAGUACAUUGUGGUACAAGACAUGGAUGAUGCAUUUUCAGAUAGCAUUCAGAGGACUGACAGUGAGGCCAGCAGUGGACCACACCAUGAUGACCGAGCACAUUCCAGGAAUGAUCGUCAGUCUCCUUGCGAACACACACCUGAGCACCGCUUUGGACCAGCAAUAGGAAGGGUGAGAGUGCGAUCAGAUGGAGCUGCAGUUCCAAGGCACAGGAACGGUGAUGGUCACAGCCCCACCAGAGCUUCAGACCAGCCCCCUAGAGUGAUGCCUCGGCCCUGCAGCCCACAUAAAAUAGUUGUUAACAGGGGCCCAGCAGAGAGUCCAGAGAAACGGCAUCUCGCCACAUUUGGCAGUGCUGGCUGCAUCAACCACCCUGACAGAAAGGCCUUCGCCGACAGCCACUCUCAACGAUCCUCACCCAGCACCACCCGGCAUGCAAGUUUAGGAGACCACAAAGCCCUGGAGGCUGAGGCACUCGCUGAGGACAUAGAAAAAACAAUGAAUACAGCCCUCCAUGAGCUGCGUGAGCUGGAGCGACAGAAUGUAGCCAAACAUGCCCCUGAUGUUGUUCUGGACACGCUGGAGCCACUAAAACACCCCGGUGGAGCCCAGGAGCUGCCUAGGAGCCCUCUACACACUAUGGUAAUCAGGGAUCCAGAUGCAGUUCAGCGACGUAGCAGCAGCAGCUCCUCCUCUGAGACCAUGACCACUUUUAAACCAGCUCUGUCAGCCCGUAGGCCGAAUGCACCUCUCAGGCCCCCACCUGUCAGACCUGUCCGGCCUGCUCCUGUGAUUGGACAGGGCCAGGGACCACACCGCUCCAGCAGCUCUAGUUCCUCUGGUCUCGGUAGCCCAGGCAUCACCCCUACUGACAGGGUCUUUCCCAAAGCACCCUCCCCAUCACCAUCCACCGCCUCCUCAUCCUCAGACAAACAAGGUAACAUGUAGCGCCAGUCAAUCACAGAUCAAGUGGUUGAAGAACACUAUGGAUACAGAGUGACUGUGAUUAUCAUCACGCCCCUACACCUCUUUUUGCCAGCAGAGCAGACAUUGACACCUGGUCUGUAUGAUGAAUAUUUAUAAUUAAUCUUGUAAACUGUAGGGCAGCUACUGCUGGUUUUUGACAACUCUCUGCCCACACAUUGACUUGUUGCUGAAGAAGUCAAUGUUAUGUUACAAAAUAUUACACAGACAUAGGAUUUCAAUUCAUACAAAAUAAUUUUAUAAAAUGCGACCAUGCUGGAUAGCCAUGCUGGAUAGAAAAAGGGAUGCACUGGAAAAUACUUAACUGUUUACUAAAAUCUGACAAUGAAACUCUGAAUCUCUAUUAAAUGUCAUUAGGUUACAUGGAGCUUGGACUUUGUGUCUGGUUUCCUGUCACAUUAUGAGGGAACACUUAAGGGAGCAUUAUACCAAUGUCUAUGUAGACCAUACAGUCUGUACUUGUGGGUUUAUGUAUUGACAGAGAAGUUUCCUCAGAGUGCCAACAUAUACCAGCAAGUGUAAGGUUUUCAGCAACAGGCAGACAUCAUGACUGAACAGUGAAACCACAGUGGGGUUGCCUUAAAUUGCAGUUCCACUAAUGGCCACUAGAUGUUGGCACCAAGGAAACUACAACCAUACUAAACAGAUACUCGUAUGAGUAGGAUUUGAAAUAAAUGCUCACUUUGGUGCCAAGUGGUAGUAUGAAAAAAAAAUCUAAGGCAAACAGCACACAGCACAGGGAAUCAAGAAUGAAGGCUGAAAGCAACACUUAGACUGCAGUGGGAUUGUUUAAUUUUUCUACAAAUAAAGAUAUAAUAAUAAUAAUAAUAAUAAUACAUUUUAUUUGUAUUGCACUUUACAGUUCAGCAAUCUCAAAGUGCUGUAAUUAUUUAAAAAAUUCUUAACAUAGUAGCUUUGUAAUGUAAGAAAUGGAAAUAUCUCCCAACCUUUCUCUUGAAAUUGCUAAAUUGUUGUCCACAUGAAAUUUGGGCAAAAUAAUCCCCAAAAACAGUCCUGGUAAAACUCACUGCAGCAUAGUGAUUUGGUUUCAGUUAACGUUGGUCAGCAGCUGAACCACAAAUAUGACUAGUCUCCUGGCACCUUUUUCAUCUCAGCCAGCUGUCCUGCAGUGAUCUUGCCACCCCAGCACACUAUCCAGCCUGGCCGGCUGUAGCAGCACCACUGGCCAAUAACCUGCUGGUUGUCCAGGCUGACCGGUAGCAGCGCAACUGCACAAUAACAACCUGUGCCUCUGCCUCUCAGUGUUGCACUUCCUGAGCAGUGUACCAGGACUCACACAAACCCACUGUGACUCUGAUAUUUGAUAAAUCCAGACUGUUAGGUACUUUUUGAGUCUGAUAACAAGAGAAAAGAAAAUUAAUAUCAAUUUUCUUUCAUUGUCAUGUCAAAUAGGUGAGUGGCUGUCAGAAUUGACCAUGCCAUAGUGAGACAGAGAACAGUUGACAGUUAUUGUGGAUAUCACAGACAUGCCAUUCCUAUAACUAAUAUAUGAAAAUUAAGAUGAAAAUCAGCAAAAAUGUCCUUAUAACAUUGUCAUCUCUGUAUAAAAAAUAUGUAGCUGUGUUACCUCAGCAAACAAGUAAAACUUCAAGUUACUAAUGCACUUAUAAACACUACAGGGAAUUGUGCUGCAUUUGUAGACAGUUCUAUGUUUUCAUUUCGAUGAAGUUGUACUAGAAACAUGAUAUAGCACAUCAGUAUCAUUGAAGCUUACAUAAUGUCUAGAUUGCACACAGUCAGUUCGGGCUGUGUGGGUGUUUAGAUGAACGUGUUUACUGUCGGUGGUGUUUGUCGUCUGUUGUAUGAGGAUGAUCAAUAUAUCUUUAAAGUGUAAUAGGUACAUUGAUUGAGUAUAUAUAUAUAUAUAUAUAUACAUACUGUUAAAGGAUACUUGUAUAAAUAACAAUGUAUGAUAGGAACAGGAUAUAUUAUCAUUGCUAGUCUGUAGAUUUUGUAACUCUUAUCCUUGCACAAACAUUAAUAAAAGAAUAAAUCAAUAAA